UGAAUCAAGAAAUUGAUGAAGUUGAUGAGCUAAGGAGGAGGCAUAUAUUGAAGUUUGGACAAGGGAGUAGUUCUACUUCUCAGACGAUACUAUCGUCUCAGAGUAUUUUUCCAUUACAUAAAGAAUUUGUAACUGAAGGAAAUGUCUUGUGUUGUGGUUGCAACAAUUAAGAUUGUGCAAGAAGAGUAUGGUUGGUUUUAUGUUGCCUGUCGUAAGUGUUUCAAGAAGGUGAUGGGUAAAAGUGAAUACUUGCAGAAUGUUGAGAAUGUUUCAGAUGAUAUUCUUAGAUUGCCUGCGACUUCUUUGGUUUGUAUCAGAUGUCAUACUGAAUGUACAUCGAUCACCACAAAGUUCAAGGUGCAAGUGCGGGUUCAGGAUGAGAGUGGUAGUGUUUCUUUUGUUAUGUUUGAUAGAGAUGUUCAGAAGCUUCUUGGAUUAGCGGCGAGUGACAUAAGAGAGAGGCAGGUUAAGGCCAAUGAUACUGGAUUCCCUCAUGAGAUAUUUCGAUUGGUUGAUAAGAAGUCUGCUUUUAAGAUUGAUGUUUCAGAGUUCAAUCUUAAAAAUGACUAUCGUGUUUAUAAUGUGCAAAAAACAACUGAGGAUCCAGUAAUAAUUGCUGAGUUGGUUGGUGGAGAUGGUAAUGGUGAUGAAAAUACUGAUGACGUUACUCAAGAGGUAGCUGACAUUAAAGACGUUAACCUUUCAGACUCUUCUCAGGUGUCUGCUGAACGAACUUCAAGGGAUGUUGUCUCUGUUACGGCCGACUCUUCAGUCGUUGAAGUUGAAAAGGAUUCUGGAUCAAGUCCCAAUGGAAAGCGGAUGGCUCAAGAUGCUAAUGUUGUCAACGUUGGUGAGCUAUCCACUAAUGUGAGAAGAACCCGGAAGAAGCUGACUAAGGUUAACAAUUAG